ACACCUGGAGGGAGGGCCCAAGUUUGCCCUUACCUGCUAUACACAGAGCAACUCGGACUGGGAUGUAAAAGCAUCUCCUUCUCUCAGAGCAAUUAAUUCACAGGCUCUUUUGUUUUCUUCGUAUGUAUUUGUGUCCUCAUGGAAUUCAUCUGAGACAGGCAGUGUUGUAAAAGAGGACAGUGUUUUUCCGACAUGUUGGAAACUGCCUAGUUGCAUCAAUGGAAGACCAAGACCAAGUUUGCCAUCCGUUAGGAGAAGGACUUUAUGCCAGCCAAGCUCAGGACAGAAGGAAUUUCCUGGGAAGAGCCACGCAGAGGAGCUUGGAGGAAAAUAUGCUCCAUUUGGAUGCUCAACGUCAGGACUGCAAGCCAUUUGGCUCCCAGGCUUUGAGGCCUCGAGAGCUUUGCAGCCAGCUCCACCGUCUCUGCUGCCAGUGGCUGAAGCCAGAAAGACACACCAAGGCAGAGAUGCUGGACCUGGUGGUGCUGGAGCAGUUCCUGGCCAUCCUUCCUGCAGAGAUGGAGGUCUGGGUCCAGGAAUGUGGGGCAGAGACAACCUCUCAAGCAGUGGCUCUGGCAGAAGGCUUCCUCCUUAGUCAGAAAGAGAACAGGGAGCAGGAAGUGGAGCAGGACUUGUUUCUGGAAAAGAUGGCUGAAAUGGAGAAGGAGAAAUGUCCCUCUGAAUCCAGUCAAAGGCAACAGGCCAAGUGGAUCACACGAGAUCAAGAAGGAAAGUCCUCCUCUAUGAGAAUGGAAAUAAGGACUGGGCCAGAAUGUGAAAGUACAUUUCUUUUUCAUGGUGAACCUGGAAUGAUACCUGCAAGACCAUGUCAGGUGACCUUUGAGGAGGUAGCUGUGUAUUUCACGGAGGAGGAGUGGGCUCUGCUAAACCCUGCCCAAAAGACCCUUCAUUGGGAAGUGAUGCAGGAAAAUUUAGGAAUCCUCUUCUCUUUGGCCAGUGAUGGGGAACUGGAUCAAUAUAAAGGAGAAUCAUGCCAAACGCUGUUGCAAAGAGACCACUGUAAACAGUUAAAAGAGAAGGAAAGAGACAUUGACACUGAAGCAACGUGGAGGACCAAACCUAGUCAGAAAGACAUUUGUGGAUCUUCAGUCCAGGAAAUAAUGCAGAAAGGAAUGGAAGGAAACAAAUAUAUCUCUCUUGCAUUUGAGAAAAGCUUCAUCCCUAAAGCCAGCCUUAAUCUUCCCAGGAAGACUCACCCAAGGGAGAAAUCUUUCAAAGGUGGUGAGUGUGGAAACAGCUCUGGCCUGACUUCAUUUGACAACAUUCACAUCAGAGGGAGACCAUUUCAGUCCUUCAACUGUGGAAACAACUUCAGGUUGAGUUCUCAACUUCUGACAGAUCUAAGACCCCGUACAGAUGGAAUAACUCUGAAAUGCUCGAUGAAUGAAAAGAUGUCCUGUCAACAGGCAUUCCUUUCUUGUUACCAGGCAGUUCAUACAGAUGAGAAACAAUCAACAUGCCUGGACUGCGGGAAAAGUUUUAUUAAGGAGUUGCAACCUACUUGUCUUGAAGCAAUUCACAAUGGGGAGAAACCAUUUACUUGCCUGGACUGUGGACAACAAUGUAUUUGGAAGGAUCACGUCUCCCAUCAUCAAGCAAUUCAUGAAGCGGAGAAGACAUUUAAAUGUCGGGAGUGUCCAAAAGGUUUUUUUCAGAAGACGGAUCUCACUUAUCAUCAAGCAACUCCCAACGGCACAAAACGAUUUCAGUGCUUAGAGUGCGGAAAAGGAUUUCUUUGGAAGGCACACUUCUCUCGCCAUCAAGCAAUUCACAAUGGCAAGAGGCCAUUUAAAUGCCUGGAAUGUGGGAAAGGUUUUAUCCGGAAGACGGACCUCACCUUCCACGAAGCAACUCACACAGGAGAGAAACCAUUUAAGUGCCUAGAGUGUGGGAAAGCGUUUAUUCGUAAGACCGAUGUCACUCGUCAUCAAAUGGCUCACUUAGCAGAGAAACCUUUUAAGUGCUUGGAGUGCGGAAAAGGGUUUAUUUGGAGGAGACACCUCAUACGUCACCAAGCCAUCCACACAGGAGAAAAACCAUUUACCUGCCAGGAGUGUGGAAAAGGUUUUAUUCAGAAGAUAGCCCUCACUCGUCAUCAAGCAGCUCACACUGGAGAGAAACUCUUUACAUGCCAGGAGUGUGGAAAGGGGUUUGUUUGGAAGACGCACCUCACACGUCACCAAGCAACUCACACAGGAGAGAAACCAUUUACAUGCCUGGAAUGUGGGAAAAACUUUAUUCGGAAGGCACACCUUACUCGGCAUCAAGCUGUUCAUACAGGAGAGAAACCAUUUAAGUGCCUGGAGUGUGGGAAAAGUUUCAGCCAGAAGCUAAAUCUCAGCCAUCAUCAAAUAACUCACACAAGCGAGAAACCUUUUAAAUGCAUGGAGUGCGGUAAAGGCUUCAGUCGGAAGGCACAUCUUGGUCGUCAUCAAGCAACUCACUCGGAGCGGAAGUAUGAAGAAGCAUAUGAAUAUUGAGAAAAUUUAUUCAGAGCAGAUCUGAUUGUUGAGUACUGAGAAUGUUCAUUCAGAACAGACCUCUCACAUGAGAUUACAAGUUCAUGCCCUGGAGAAGCCAGAAAUAUUAAAAACUAACUAGGUAUUUUUAAUUACAAACAUGUGAGUCAAGCACUAAAAGGGUUAAAUGGAUGCAGUGACUCAGCAAAAACUGCGGUUUAGUAUAAGCAGGCAUGCCUGUUGCUUAGUAAUGCCUCAGUCUGAGAGAGCUCUCAGUGUGAGAGAAGCCUCUCUGUGUGAGAAAUCGCCUCAGUGGGAGAAUAGGCCUCAUUGUUAGUAGGCCUGAUUGUGAGGGAGGCCUCGGUAUGAGAAGACUUUGUGUGUGAAGCUCCAGUGUGAAUUUUGAACUUUAUUUGUGUUAUGGAAACCUUGUUUGUGUAAAUAGUGCAACCAUAUUAUUUUGCUAUAAAGAAAAGUCUCCUAUGGAAGAGAUAA